AUCAUUAACCUCAACUCUUGCAGUCUACAAUAUCAUUUAUUUCAGCCGUGAAGAAUGGAGAAGCAGCAGAAUUUGGAAUGGGAAGCAGCACAGAGCAUUGCGAUCAGUGUCGACCUUGUUUCCGCGGCUAAAAAGCAGCUCAAGUUUCUCGCGGCUGUUGAUCGGAACCGUUGCCUCUAUGACGGGCCCGCUCUAGAUAGGGCUAUUUACAGGUACAAUGCUUACUGGCUUCCAUUGUUGGCGAAGCAUUCUGAAUCACCACUUUUUGAAGGCCCAUUGGUUGUCCCUUUGGAUUGUGAAUGGAUAUGGCACUCUCACAGGCUCAAUCCAAUUAGAUACAAGAAAGACUGCCUGGAGUUGUAUGGCAGACUUCUUGACAACAAGAAUGUUAUUUCUUCUGUGGAAGGAACAUCGAAAAACCAAACCGAGGACGCGUGGACAACACUAUUUCCAGGCGAGCCGUUUGAACUAGAUUUGGAGGUUAAGCAAGAAAACACGAUUGGUGAUGGAGUAGUGGCAGAGAAAUUCACAAAGUAUGAUUUGGUCUCAGCUGUUCAAAGGCAAACUCCUUUCUUUCAUCAGGUCUCCCAACCUCAUAUGAAUGAGACUCGCUAUAUUAGAGGAGCUGUGGCUAGAUACAAAGGAUUUCUACACCUGAUCAAGAGGAACAAGGAGCAAGGCAUACAGAGCUUCGUUGUUCCCACUUACGACAUUGACCUCAUUUGGCACACUCAUCAGUUGCAUCCAGCUUCUUAUACCGAAGAUCUUUUUAAAUAUAUGGGAAGGAUUUUAGAGCAUGACGACACUGAUUCUGAUAGAUCAAAAGGUCAGAAACUGGAUGUUGGAUUCACUGGGACGAACAGGACAUUCGAGGACCUGUUUGGCCGUAGGUACUGGAGAGCUGGAGCUAUGUACAAAGGUGUUGCACCUUCACCUGUCAGACUCUCUCCUUACUUAGGCACUGAUAUGAAGAAGGAGGCAAGCUGUACUCAAAACCCAAAGUUACAACUUCCUUCUAGGGAAGUGUUUGAGGUGAUGUUGGAGUUCGUAGGCGUAAGGAACCUGCCAGAGGGACAUAAUGGAAGUCUCUUUGUGUCCUUGAGUAAAGCAGGGACAGAUAAGAUCUUCAACGGGCGUAGAAUCGUUAAAAUUGGAGCCGAAUCUGGUGAGAAACAAGUGGCCAACUUCCAGUGUCAGCCUACGGGGAACCUACAAUGUGAACUCAUGUCCUCCUCACCUUCUGUUUCAAUGGGCACAAUGUCCAUAUCUCUGGAAGACUUUCUGUCAUCCGACUCCGAUCUUACAGUGGAGAAAUGGUUUGAUUUGGUUUCUUCAAAUACCGUGCCGAUUGGCUUGCGAGUGGCCAUCUCCGUUACCACGCCUACCCCAGCACCAUAUACACUAAAUAUGCUUCACUCUCAGCAGCCAAUUCCAGGCAAGCCCCAGUUUACUAGAGAAUUGACAGCCAUAGUUGAUGAGGAUGGGAAGAUGCUGCUAAAUCUACACAUGAGAGAUCUGCACAAGUCAAGAGGCAAGAAAGAAUGUAGAAGAAGAGUUGUAAUUGGAAACUCGGCUUCGGGAAAAUCAUCUACUCUCGCUGAGUUUACAGGCUCCAAAUGGUCUAUGGUGAAUUCUCCAUGGUCUGUUAAGCUUCCAAACGCAAACAAUGACGAUGGACAUAUCUUCGAGUUGACUGGCCCUCAUACUGUAAGGUUUUUCAGAGGUGGAAGGUUGGAUUACAAUUCAAACAGUGAACAUGAACCUCACCUAUUUACAGCGAUAAAGUUCUCACCUGAAGAGCCUUAUGGAACAACAGUGGCAUUACUUAACAUGAAGUCUGGCACUAUCAAGAUCAAAGAAGAAUGGUUCAUUUUACCUAGCAUCAUAGUUACAUGUAUACUUGGUAAAAUAUUGAGGAAGACCAAUCAGCAAAAUGCUAAUGCAAAAAUUGGUGUUACUGGUGUAAGUGGUGGUUGUGGAACCAUGAUGGCUAAUUGUGGUGUUACCGGCGUUAGCAGUGGUUGUGGUAGUUGUGGAAGCAUGAUGGCUAAUUGCAGUGUUAGUGCGGGAUGUGGAAACAUGAUGGCUAACUGCGGUGUUACCGGCACUGGUGGUGCUUGUGGACUUAGUGGUGGUAAAUCUGAAAGAGUGAUGGCUAACUGUGGCGUUAGCAGUACUAGCGGUGGUUGUGGUGUACCCGGAAAAAUGAUGGCAAAUUGUGGUGUUAGCGGUGCUAGUGGUAGCUGUGGUGUUAGCAGCCGCGGCACUGGUGGUGCUUGCGGACUUAGUGGUGGUAAAUCUGAAAGAGUGAUGGCUAACUGUGGCGUUAGCAGUCUUAGUGGUGGUUGUGGUGUACCGGGGAAAAUGAUGGCAAAUUGUGGUGUUAGCGGUGCUAGUGGUAGCUGCGGUGUCAGCAGUCGUGGAUCUAAAAACAUGAUGGCUAACUGUGGUGUUAGUGGUGGUGCCAAAUCUGAAAGCGCUAUGGCUAACUGUGGUGCCAGUGGUGCCGCCAAAUCUGAAGGUGCAAUGGCUAACUGUGGUGUCAGUGGUGGAGCCAAAUCUGAAAGCGCUAUGGCUAACUGUGCUGUCAGUGGUGGUGCUAAAUCUGAAAGUGCAAUGGCGAACUGUGGUGUCAGUGGUGGUGCUAAAUCUGAAAGUGCAAUGGCGAACUGUGGUGUUAGUGGUGGUGCUAAAUCUGAAAGUGCAAUGGCUAACUGUGGUGUUAGUAGUGGUGAAUCUGGAAGCGUGAUGGCUAACUGCGGUGCUAGUGGAAAUAUGAUGGCUAAUUGUGGUGUUAGUAAUGGGGCUAAAUCUAAAAGUGUGAUGGGCAAUUGUGGUGUUAGCGCUGGUUGUGGUGUUAGUAGCAUGAUGGCUAACUGCGGUGUUAGUGGAGGUGCUAAAUCCGAAAAUAUGAUGGCUAACUGUGGUGUCAGUGCUAUUAGCGCGAUGGCAAACUGUGGUGUCAACGGAGGUGCUAAAACCAUGACUAAUUGCAGUGUUAGCAGUGGUGUGUCUGAAAGCAUGACGGCUAAUUGCGGUGUUAGCAAUGGAAGCACAAUGGCUAACUGCGGUGUUUCCAAUGGUGAAUCUGAAAUCUUUAUGGCUAACUGCGGUGUUAGUGCCGAGGUGUCCACAAAAUGUGGUGGAUGUGGGCUAAGUGUGGAGGUUGCGGAGCCAGUUGUGGAAGCAAAUUAGAUGUGUGUGACCAUAUCAUGCAUUGACUAAGAGAUGAUUGUCAUUUAUGUAUUGUAUUUGUUUUUCUAUCUUUUGUGGUUUUGAGUAUUGUAAUCUGAUUGUACUUUCUGCCACUUGUUGGUAACGAAUAAAGCUAUGAGUUUUCAUAUGUUAAA